AUGAUGCAUUCGCCCGUGACCAACGCCAGUGUUUCGAUACCAGUACUUUCAACUCUUCAUUAAAAUGGUAUCAACGUUGCUACAUAAAUGCUUUGUAUUAUUUUUUAUACUAAAGUGCUGCCGAGCUGACGAAAAUUUGGGGUGGGGAGAAAACAUAACAAAAUUGUAUGAGUUGAUAUCAAGUGCCGUUAAAGAUGGUAUUGAUCUUAAAACUCCACAAUUAACUAGAAGAGUAUUUCUAAAUGACUCGUUAUAUCAAGUACACCUGAGUAAACUAAAAGACGUAAAUGGAAUUAAAAUGCAUAAUAUUGUUAUCAAACGCAGCGGUCCGGACAUUAAUUCAACAAUAUAUAUUAAUAAUCCUUUAGAAGCUAAAUUCCCGCACCCAUUCAUGUCUUUGGAAGAAUUUAAAAAUACGUUAGUGGAACAACAACUCAAAGACAGGGAGGCAUUUUUGAAAUCUAAAAAGAAAGCGGAAUACAAUAAAAUGUGGGCUGAUAUAAAAGCUACGGCUAAAUUAAAAACAACAUCCACUUUACCAAAACAAACUCGUCGAGAAGCAAAUAAAACUGAAAGUGACUUAAAAAAUACUGACAACAAAAGUAAAACGGAGAAGGUGCAAGAGUAUAAAUCAAAUACAAGUCAUAUUAAUAAACAAACAACAAAAAUUAAUACAGUUAAUAAAUCUUCUACCGCAUAUUUCCGCGUUAAGCUUCUAGAUUUAUGGCAACAAAAUCCAACAACGUACAGUUCACCUACGAAUAAAGCCGACAAGAACAACAAACAUUCAAAAAAUAUUAAUGCAGCAAACCAAGCUGUUAACAAAAAACCGAGUAAUGUCGAUAACGAUCCAUUAUCAAUUGUUGAAGAAUCAAAAAAUGAUAAGGAACUAGCUGCUAGUAAUGAUAAUCAGGGGUUAAGUACCAUUGAUGGAAAAUUAAGAAAUAUAGUAGGAGAAGCAACUACAAUUGAUGAAGACGUGUGGAAGGGUGUUGAUGAAAAGGAACUAACAAAUAUAGAUGAUAAAAGUGAAGAAGCGACAGCCGAAGAAUUAACAAUCGUACCUACUACUACUAGUACUACUACUACAACAACUGUACCUACGCCCACUACUACUAGACGAAAAUGGAGUAGACCUCGCGUGCUAUUGGGGGAUCAUCCGGAAAGCGCUUCAACAACUAGUUAAUUAUUUUAUUUGUCUCAUUCUAAGUGGAGCUGUAAUUUACUUAAAUAAUUUUGCCUACAACAAGAGGUAUAAUAAAGUAAUCCGUGUUAUUUAUGUAA